UGUCUCCGCCCAUUUCUCUGGAGGUGACGGUGUAAAGGCUGAGAGCAUCCCCUGCUCACCGCACCCUUCCUUCACUGCUGCCCAUCAGUCGGAACGCUCAUCAGCUCCACUCUCACUGAAGGUCUCUUAAGGUCCUGUUUUUUUGUUCUGGCGAAUAAAAAGGCACUGACUGGUCUAUGGAAAGAGCGAGAAGGUUUCCGCCGAGCGCAGACAUGGGCCGCAGCUGUUUCGCUGGGAAUCCGUCGCUGCCUUAGCUGACUGCUCCCACACGACAUCAUGGCCAAACAGUAUGAUGUGCUGUUCAGACUCCUGCUGCUGGGGGACUCCGGCGUGGGCAAAACCUGCCUCUUAUGCAGAUUUACGGACAAUGAGUUUCAUCCUUCGCACAUUUCCACCAUCGGGGUGGACUUUAAAAUGAAGACGUUAGAGAUAGAUGGCAUUAAAGUGAGAAUACAGAUAUGGGACACAGCAGGUCAGGAGAGAUAUCAGACCAUCACUAAACAAUACUACAGACGAGCACAGGGAAUCUUUCUGGUGUAUGACAUCACGAGUGAGCGCUCCUUUCAGCACAUCAUGAAAUGGGCCAGUGAUGUAGAUGAGUAUGCUCCUGACAAAGUCCAGAAGAUUCUUGUUGGGAAUAAAUCUGACGAGGAACAGAAGAGGCAAGUGGCCACAGCGCAGGGCAACAAGCUUGCUAAAGCCUAUGGAAUGGACUUUUUUGAGACAAGUGCCUUUACCAAUCACAACAUUACAGAGUCUUUUACCCGAUUGGCUGAGCUGGUUUUGCAAGCCAAUAAAAAGGACCUUGAUGUCCUGCGGGUCUCCAUCAACGACAAGCUCAAUCUUGCAGCCCUUGAAGAGGAGGAGGGCGUGUGUGACAGCAGCAGCGACGCCCAAAAGACCUGCUGGUGCUGAGGACUGGACUAGAUGUCGCGUUAGCACAUUUUCUUUUCAAACUGACCUUGUAUUCCUGUUGAACGUUUUGUUCCAGUGCCACCACUGCUGAAUUUCAUUGUUAGGCUGAGUUUGGUGCCUUCCUUUUCAUCACUUCUGUAAUGAAUGAAGACCGACUUGUAGGCCUCUGAGGUCAUGCCUCGUUUCGUUGUUGGCAGCCUGCCAAAAUAAGGACUCUAUCUAUGCUAUUAGUGACAAAGGGAAAAAUAAAUGGCAUUUUUGAAAAUCAACACCCUGUGGUAAAGAAAAAGUAUUAAAACCUAUUACAUUUUGUCCUAUGUACAUUUUUCUUCUAUUUGUCACUGAGGUCUUUAAGCAUUUGAAAUGCGAAUAUAACUACAUGCAUGCAUCACGCAAGCAACAUUUAUUCGCGUUUAAUUGACGUUGCUCGUGUGGAGAAUUUGAUCACUAUUGUAUAACACCUGCUACUAAAAUUGUAGGCUACUACUGCCACAGUGACUUUUCUCUGAUUUGUCAAACGUUCUGCCUGAUUACAUCAUCCAGAGUGGUUUGAUGUGUAAUGCUCCAUACUUGAGAAUCAUACGGCGUCUCAACUGUACACAGUGGUAGGAGCCAGAUGUGAAGUCUAAGUGCAGAAGUGUAAAUGCCUCGAAAUGUAACCUCACAGAAGUGUAUUACAGAAAAUAGUUACAAAUAUUCUGCCUGAAGCCUGAGACAUUGUUUUAUGGUAGUGUUGAGACUAACAUUUUGCCCUAAAACAUAUUUUCUGAAUCUGUUCAUGUUGGAGUGGUGCAUGCAGGAUGUUCUAAGGCAAAAUAGGCCCCUAAGAAAACCUGUUUUUUCAGAUUUACCACUUUUUUUAACCAUUAUCAACAGGACAUAUGAAACUCUUAAGACAUGUAUAGGUUGACUGGUAGUUUUGGAUAGUAAAUACUUUGUAUUUGUGUUGUAGAAAUUGCAGUCCCUGGUGCCUAUCACCACCACUGUAAGUACAAAAAAACAUUGUUGCUCUACAAUGAACCCUUUCACAUCAAACCACUCUGAAUGACUUUGUUUACAUCAGUAUUAUGUAGGAAAUAUGAAAAACUGGUGAAACUGCUCUUUAACUACCACAUCAUGUAAAGCUUCUGUAAAGCCAUGUAAAGUACUGGUUUGGGGUAUUUGUGUCAGGUUGUCAGUCUACUGAUAUCAGUUAAAUAAGCAGAAGUGUUUGUAUCGUGUAUAUAAAACUUAAUGACCUUUUAAUUGAAAGGCACUCAAGAGAUAAGUGGAGGGAAAAUGUUCAUAAGACAAAACGUACAGGAUCUGAAACUCAAUGGGCCUCAUUCACCAGCUGUUCUGACGAAGAAAUUUCUCACGCAGUUUUCAUGAAGAUUCUGUCAUUGUCAGAAACUAAUUUAAGAAAAAUCUUUGGAAGAUUUCGGUGAAUGGGGCCCAAUGUUUUUCCACAGAGCUGGAAACGACGGGGAGGUUUUCGAAAAAGCCAUCAAAUUUUCCUCAUAUACGAACAUGGUUUUGACCCAGGCCUUGUUUGGAUGCUAGUGAUUUACAAAAUGAUGCUGCAUCCUCAGUCUCUUAGGCUUUCCUUAAUCAAGUCUAAAAGCUUUCUGUUUGCACCUAUCGCCUUUUCCACUAGAUGGCACCGUCUGCGCUCAGUUUGAUUUGUAAAGCAAAUGUCUUGAACCCCACAAUGCAGCAGCACUCUCAGUGGUGCCACCACGAUCCAUCCAUUUGAAUCCAUUGGGUUGAUUGUUGUUUUUUUGAGAAAUAUUGACAGUGAUUGAUUAAAGACAUUGAAAGACACUUCUAAUGGUAAAUUGUCUCAAAUAUGGCUGUGGAAGAGAAUAUUUCAUAGUGAUUUUUUUUUUAAAAGUCCUGCUUUGCAUGACCUGUCUUAAUCAGGAAUACAGGUUUUCUGCAGCUUUCCCAGUACGAGGCCACAGCAUGAAGAAUGUGCUGAUUUCUUUGGCUAAUAAAAUGGAAAACCUUGAGUCAUAGACCUACAGGAUUGUUUUGCUGUAAACUGUGUUUGAUAUCCCCCAAAAGCCCCAGGGAACCUCACUCCAUGUUUUCCUUCUAAGUAGGUUCAUUUUGCUGUUGUAGGCACAUAAUGUAUAUGUACAAAGUAUGUGAAUAACGAAUGGUGUAAACAAGAUGGUCUAAAUCUUGGGUAAAUUUUACACACGCACAUCUUGAACACAGCCACAUUCUCUCCCACCAUUCAGCAGUUUAGUUCUUAAGCUGUUAUGUAUUAUAUUUCUCAUUAUAUUUAUAUGUUUUGUUUGUUUUAUUCACAAUUUGCUGGAUGUUUAAUAUAACAAUCAGUUUUAGUUUCAUACAAACAUUUUUAAUAUUUUACAUUGUGUUCCCUGGGACUUUAAAGUUCCUUCCAAACUGAAGUGUACAAUAAACUGGAAAAUGUACAAUAUUCUAAUUAAUUAUCUAAUGUUGGAUUUUUACACAUUUCUCACAAAAGGAAGCAGGCCAAAUAAUAUUUCUCACUUUUCGAGCUGAAUGACACGUCCCCAUGUGAAAGCAACAUGCACUAUCACUGGAAUUACUUUGAUGCAUCUCUAGAAACUGACUCAAUGUAACAUAUGCUCUUAUGAUGUGUGCAAGUGGUGUUAUGGUAUGUUGUAUUGAAUGAAUUAGUACACAGUAUAACAUGUAUGUCUGUGCUGUUUGUAACAUAUUUAAAUAUGAAAAGUGUCACCUUAAAAUAUGACAUAGUUCUUUAGACUUCUUAAGAUGCAUUAGUGAAUCUAUAUAUGUAUUAGGCCAAUUGUGAUUCUAUUGGAGGAGACAGUUGUUCAUGAAUAAAUAGAUACUCAUUAGAUAUUUUAA